CGUGACAUCCGGGUAUACAAAUUCAACGGUUCUGACAAAUUCUCGUUCUGUGGCUAAACCGUCCAUUUUCUCAUCUGCUCUUGCUGUGCAACCGUUCUUCUCACCUCAAUUAUCAACUCACCGUCAACUUGAGAUAAUAGAGAGCGUACCAGCGUCAAACAUGGACAUCCAGCACAUUCUCGACGAGCAGACGGAAGCCGAGCGUCACUUCGCGGCGAAGAAGGAACAAGAGAAGCGCGACCGAGCGUUCGCACUGAGUCUCUCGAUGCAAGACUUCGAACACGACCCACCGCAAACCGCCAGAGACGAAAAGCACGACGAGAGCGGCUCAUCCGCUGGUGACUGGCUACAUGAUGGCAUCAAACCGCGCAUAGCAACCGACUGUCUCGUCACAGAUGGCUCGGAUUUUAGUGAGCGGGGAAAGAGGCGCUCUCUACCGAGCCGUCUGAGCGAGUCGGAGCCGCCGCGGAAGCUCGUGAAAGGGAAACGGCGUCAUGAUAGCGGCGACGUUCAUAUUAGAUUAAGUGACCAAGCAAAACGAGCACAGCAAAUGCAGCAAGACUGGGCUCUAGCCCGUCAGCACGCAGCACUCGAUAGUCCAGUCACCACUAAGGCAACACCACGAAGACUCGCUCACAGACACAGACGACAACGACUAGAAAACGACUUGGAAGACGUUGAAAUGAUGGAAAUGGAAACAUCCGAUCCAAUCCCUCAAUAUCCCUCUCACUGGACUUGGUCCUCGUCCUCAGAGUGUUCUCUCGAACUACCCAGAAGAUAUCAUCUCAUUGUAUUACAUUCUGGACCCGAAUUUGACGAAGUCAGUAAACCAUUGAGAGACGUUGGUCUGCAACCAAAGUGUGUCAAGAGAGUACAGAAUCUCUUGUUGUAUAAACGGCUGCAGCUGGAACGAAAGCUGAUGGAGGAGAGUCACCCGGCCGGUUGGAAUGUCAACGAGCGGAGCUUAUUUCAUGUUACGUCCGUCGAACAGGAAGUGAUCGCAGAUGAGGGACUGGAUCUACGGCUAAGUAGACAGGGAAUGUUUGGAACUGGCAUUUAUUUCAGUGAUAACCCGCAGAAAUGUAAUCGUUAUUGGAAACGGCGGGGGCAGAGAUUUAUGGUUCAAUGUAAAGUGUUGUUAGGAGACAUUAAGGAAUAUCCGAGAGGGCACAAGGACUCUUCACUACGGAGAGAGCCAUUGAAGGAACACAUUGCUAUUGGAGACACUAAAACAUAUGACUCUGUACAAGGCAACAUAUCUGGUGAGAACGAGUACAUUCUCUACAACCAAUACAGGACAAUGCCAGAAUACAUCAUCGAGUACAAUGUGUCAUGCAACUGCCAAGCUUCUUUAGGCCUCAUUCCUAUUCCAUUUUCUCCAUUUUUCCAAUUUCCCUUCAAUACUCCAACCGCCAUGAAGCAACCCACUCAAUUUCGACUCACUCAUUCACAUCUUCCUGUUACCCUACCAUCAACUCAACAGCCAAUACAAUUAGCAACAAACGUCGUGCACCAACCUUCGACUCUGACUUUUCCUAAUCAAGCUCACCAACUUCCAUGUGUUCAAAAUCAAAUGCCACUGAUGCCGGCCGCUGUAACUCAGUCAAGACCCGAGACAUCCGAGUCGUUGUCGAGUGUGUACAGAGCGUUUAUAAAGAAGAACCGACAACUUGUAAAGCAGUUUGUAGAUAUCACUGAAGCAAAGUCGGUGGCACAAACGGUACAGUUUCUUAUAUUGGCCAAGGGAGACCUCAAUGAGGCCGUGGCGGCUUACCUCGAUGCACGCGACUGUGGAAAAUUGCUUUGAACACGGUGUUGUGUAGGUACGUAGUGUAUGAAACGAUAAUUGUAUUUGGCAGUGCAAACUGUUGUACGAUGUUUGGUUUUUUUGUUGUUGACGUUUUACGUAAGUAUGACUGUUGUGUUUGUUGUGUGGCUUUAUAUUGUUGGAUAGACUCACUAACGUAGCUUGUAUAGCGAGCAAUAAUGUUUGCAGACUGGAUUGAUUUAGAGGUUUUUUCAAUUUAAUUGGCUCUGUAGCAA